AAGACUUCUUCUCAUUGGAGUUUGGGGGAAAGAGAAGCAAUUUACCGUUCCAUAAAACAUUCGUGAGUGCAGAGUAUUUAGGUGACAAAGAAAGUGAUAGUGGUCAAUAGAAUUUUUUCAUGGUGAUAUUUUCAGUACAAAAAUACAAGUGAAAAAGAGUGAAAAGUGAGCAAAGCAGCAAAUCUUGCUGGGAUAAAAGAAGAAAAACAUAUAAUGGAUUAAGCUGAAGUUAUAAUUUAUGAGAGGAUUGCAUAAAUUUUAAUGGUCAUUAUGGCACCUUCCAAGCAAAGGAGGGACCCUUUGCCCAAACUUGUAGUCCAAGGUUUAGUGGUGUCCCUCCUCCUCGCUACGGCCAGUUCACAAUGGCUCUCUUUCAAAACUUCCAGAAAUCCCAAGAGCAGUUUAUGGUUUCCGAAUAUGCCAACCUCUCCCAAAACUUUACAGCAACGGAGUAGCGUAGGAAGUUCGAUAAGAGGGCUUGGGCCGAAUAGUAGUAAUUCGAAUAGUGUUAAUAAUAAUGCUGGUGUCAACAGCCGUGGAGAUUCUCCAAACAGUUCAAAUAACAAUUUCCAAGAGUCAAAUCGACAUGCGGCGGGUGAGAGAGGGACCAGACCAAUUGGACAUCGGUCCGUUCCACAGCAUCACAUUGGUCAACCCACAUACCAAACGGUCCAUGGGGGAGUGAUCAGCAGACAUGAGUCACGACACGAGUCAGUUGGAAACUCACGAAAUUCUGGCGGAUAUCCUUCUGCUUCUUCUCGGAUGCAGCAACAACCUCAGCAACACGGAAGUGGUGGGCAUAGUCAAAGGCAGCAAGGACAAGGGACAUUUGCCCAUCGCUCAGGACAGCCUCAUCCCCCUCAACCAUGGAAUGCAAAACAGUCAACAAAUCCUUCCCCCACAGUUGUCACGUCUAAACAUUUGUCCAUCAAUUUGAACCAGCCUGGAAGGAACAACAACAAUCAUAAUAACAAUAAUAGGCAACAGCAACAACAACAGGGCAUGUGGUCACCUGCGUCCAACGGGGCUCAGACCCCCAACGGGUAUGCAAGUAGUCGACGUCUUCUGGAAGUUGGACGACAUGUCGACAUUCCUACGAGACGGCCAAUCACCCAAAUUGCCGGAGCACUACAGGAUUCAUGGCCCAAUUCUAAUACGCAUCACCACUUGAGCCCAGUUAUCAAGAACCAAAGGCCAAAUGCGCCGAAUAGCCGGAACAACUAUUAUGAGGGAGAAAGUGGAGGUGCAACCUCAGUCCGGGUGUCCGACCACGCUAUCGAAAUUAAGGCCACGCCUAAACCUGGCAGUGCAGAACAAAAAGAGAAUUCUGUGGACAGAAAACUUUCCGUUGGUGGCAGGGAGAAACUGGUCUCCAACACACUCAACACACUAGCCAAGCUUUCACCCAAGAAGCCGAUUUUUGUGUACAUGAGAGUAGAAGGAAUUGCCGCAAUCCAGGCAGGUGCAGAGGCAGGAGACGUCAUAAAAAAAUUGGCUGGAGGGAGUAAAUUGCCAUUUUACAACGGAACGAAAUCACUUCCCAAAGAGAACGUGCCUCAAGUCUUCUUGGCUCCGGAGGAUAUGCCACCACCAUCGAACUAUGGGAAACUUCCAAUUCCAAACCUGAGGACAAAGGAAACAACCACAAUAAAGCCUACAUUUACCAAAAUUUUGCUUCCAGGGGGGACAAAAAUGACCAGUGGAUUGGCCAGUACGCCAAGGACGACCACAACGACAACAACGGCGCCGCCUCUACCUCAGCUUCCACAAUUCGAUUUUGUCCAGUCCACUGCUGCUUCAUCUGCAAUCAAUCCAUCAUUUUUAUCUUUCAAUGAAAGUGGAAAAGCCGAUCAACCACUUUCACUCGAACAAAGGAUACAAAUUCUGCAAAUGUUCCAAAAUCAAGUGGGAUUGCAGCAACAUCAGCGACUCCCUCCUUAUCAACCAACUCAUCAACCACAAAUUCACCCAACGUACAAUCCACAACCCCAACCAACUUAUCAAUCAUAUCCACAACCCCAACCAACUUAUCAAUCACAACCCCAACCAACUUAUCAAUCACAUCCACAACCUCAGCCAACUUAUCAAUCACAUCCACAACAUCCUCCCCGCCCACAGCCUCCUCAACAACCUUCCCAACAUCAACAGCAAAUUUACCAGACGCCUCGUCCACAGGCUCAGCCACAGCCCACUUAUCCGCCAGUGUCGCCACAAUUACCAUUACGCCCUCAAUUACCUAAUCCGUCACAACAGCCUCAGCAACAACUACCAACCCCAGCUCCAACGCCACUUCAUGCGGACAUCCUACGCGGGGUACUCCCCCAAGGAGCCAUCUUAGAAAGCAUCACUGCAAUGGGUGGAAACUUACAAGAAGAGCUCAACCAAUUCUCGCAAAAUGUUGUGCAAGAUCCGUCAAAUUCCAUCGACGGUUCUAAACUUCCAACUGCAAGUGACAUGCUUCCCAACCUACAAUUACAGCAUCAACCUGGUCGAGUUGGCCAAGCUCAGUCUCGUGAAAAUUUGCAACAACCUUAUAAUCAUCAUGGUCCGAGUCCAACACCAUUUGCGCCACAGCAACAGCAGCACUUUAACCAUGGCCCAACACAGGCACCCAUGUUUACCAGUAAUGGGCAGCAAAUGACAUGGAUGCAACCCAAAAUGGACAACAAUGGGCAAAGACCACGACCACCUAUGCCACCACAAUCUGGUCCACCUUCACACAAUAGAAACACACUCAAGAACGCCCUGUCGUUCCUUGGCAUACAACAGUCAACACCACGACCUAAUAAUAUUGGACCUACAACUCCACAUCCUUUGCAAUUUCAUCAAAACCCAAGUUCUCCUGGACCUCUGAUCUUUAACUCUAAUAACAAUCCAACCAGAAUGCCAUUUUACCCACAGGCUGCUAGGCGUGAAGAUUUUGGUUCAGGGAGUUUCGAACAGUCUCAUCCUCCAGCACAAGCCAAUCGACGACCACCAGGACAGACAUUGAUUGUUCAAACUCCGGACGCUUCCAAGCCUCAAGGCCAAAAAAGUACAUUUGUUAUUUCCAACGGGGAUGGAAACCUACCAGAUUUGAAUAAAAUUAUGAAAGUCCUCACAGAAUUAAAUGGUGAUCAACAAGGAGGUCGAAAUCCGAAUGGUGGAUCGCCCAAUGCACAAUUUGCUCCAACCAGACCCCCACCAUUCCACCCAACACCAUUUCCUCCUUUGCCCACUAGACGUCCUACUACUGGCUUUCCCUUCCUUUCCACAGGGCGACCUGCUCAACCCCAAGUGAUGAUUCGCCAUCCAUCUGGAACGCCUACGUCAGGUCCAAUUAUUGUCAGCACUGGACGACCGGAUGGCCUUCCACUUCAUCAAAUUGUUUCUUCAACAUUUUCUCCCAACAUUGGUGGUCCAACGACUCAACGACCCGCAUUUGUAUCCAGCACAGCAGGACCAAUUAUGAUGAUGGGACCAAGUCCGUCCUCUUCGCCAAUGCAGAUCAUUAAAGCUCUUUCUCAUCCAGAUUUCAUUCAGCUCCCACCAUCUCCAUCUAUUCGACCACCACAACCUGCUGGCCCAUCUCCGACGAUACAGACAAUGCAACGCCAACAACCUCAACAACAACAACAUCAACCACAACAACCACCACCACAACAACAACAUCAACCACAAAUUAUCUUUUCAAACGCAAACUCAAACGGUCAAAUCAUCCAGCCCAGCGCGGAUAUUUUGAAAUCAAUCAUGAACGCCAUUCCAGGGGUCAUGACCAACACGAACACUGGUCGACCAUCUCAAGCAGCAUCACAAGGUCCUACUCAAGCAAUUCCGCUUCAACCUACCCCUCUCUUACCAGAAGGGAUGGCUGCAGGAGGAUCUACAGGAGGUAAGAUAAUCGAGGUUGACCCUAAUCUUAGUCCAGAAGAGAUGCAGAAAGCUAUCAUGGAAAGCAUUAUGAAGCACCAGCAAGAAACAAAUGGAGGAAUAUCUAAUGGUCCAAUUGUCAUCAAUGCUGAUCCUUCAAUGGCUUCGGCCCUUGGUAAUAGUCCACAUUUUAUGAAUGUGCAACCAUCUGGAGCUUCAGCAACAACUCCAACCAAACCUGGUUUCACUGUUCAACCCGCAAUUGUCACACCAAGACCUUCGAGACCAUCCGGCGUGGAGUUUGUCGGCAGUGGCAGUGGAAGCAGCAGUGUGGAGAGACAACAAGGAUUAUUAAAUCAGUUUACUUCUUCCAGCAAAGAACACCAUCACAGCAAAGAAGUAGUUGAUAAUGAGAAAUCGACCAGAAAACAGUCCAAGAGUGGCGAGAGUUUGGAAAAUAAGAGUCGAAAACAGGAGGUUCAAAGCUCGGAUGAGAAAGUUAUCGAGAAGGUAAUUACAGAGGAGAAAAUCGUAUGGAACCCCGGAAAGGAGGGACAAAUGAUCCCAUCGAGAAUUAAAACAGAGGAACGAAUAAUUAUGACCCCGCACGACUCGUCCAAAUCAUUUGAAAAGAAAUCGGGUGAGGAGGUUGGAACGAGCACGUCAGAAAAAACCUUCGGAGAUUUUUUGACCAAAAGAAAGGAUGGGAAAUCUAACACUGAUGAGGAGUCGUCCUCGUCUGGUGAUAAGUCUGAAAAUAGCAAAUCAUCAGUUUCAGUAGAUUCAUCCAAUUUUGCGGGGCUGCUACGAUCAAAAUUGAAGUUUGAAAAAAUGAAAGAAAAAUUGUAUCCAAAGAAGGUCGUCCCAGAUUCUGCCGAAGUCGUAACAAAUCCAUUCUCGAGGUAUUUGCACCCAUCUUCCGUCGCCACACCCACUGAUGCUUCCACUAUUGGCACUUCUGAGUUCACGAUACACGAUGCUUCCCCCAGCAGUAGCUUGAGUCCUGUCGAACCUACGGUUAGUGCUAUUCUGGAUUCUGCUAACAGCAAUAACCCAACGACGGUAGACAACGGUCGCUUCAAAAUCCGUCCAGGCGAUAUUUCAUCAAAUAGCAAAGCAGGCGAUAGUAUGAAUCAAGGACAAGUUUAUGGCAUUUCCCCAUCGGGUCAACCAAUUAUAAUGCAACCAACGUCACCAAGUUUCACGGUUUCACCGUCACCAUCCGCAUUUCCGCCUUCACCCACAAGACCACCCUCAUUCCCAUCAAUUGGACCUCCUGCUUUUCCAUCAAGUGGACCUUCCAUGUUCCCACCAUCUCCGUCAUCAUUGUUCAGUCCAAGUCCAGCCUCGUACAUUGGACCAUCGCCAUCUUCAUACCCGUUCCUUCAACAGGGAUCCAAUCCAUCGCCAAGCAGCAGCAGCGGCAUCAUCUCAACAGUGACACCAGGAACCAAGGAGGAGAGACUAAUUUUCAUUCCAGCAGAUUCAAACUCUGUUAACUCGGCAGUUUCCAAUAAUCAGGAUCAAACGAUAAUAUCUACAAAAAAUAGUCAAAAUAAUACCGUUCUAUUCACGACGAUGAACAAUCUUCCUGAUUUGAUGUCGCAACUUAGUGGAACCAAAACUGAAGUAAGAAUGAUUGACGACUUGAAAUCAUUUCAAGCCACAUUGGCAAAAGUCCAAGCCACGCAGGCCUCGACAACACUUUCGUCACAAUUCGGCCCACCACCAACUCCAACGGCGGAUCGUCGAAUAGACCUGGACGUAGAUAAGCCAAUUACUUGGAGACCAAAUGGAACAAUCCCGUUCCCAACACUAGAAUCAUUGAGACAACGAUUUCCGUCCGGUUUUGGUGCCAACGUCCUUCACGCCGUAUCUGCAGGUUUUGCUGCUAAUGACCCAAAUAAACCCAAAUGGGGGCAUACUGUUCAACAGCCUCAACUGAUUUAUACAAUGCCCAACGGUGUUCCUCUAGCACUUAAUUCAGUGGGAGGUUAUCAGCCAAUUCUGCUGCAGGGGACGAAGGAGCCCGUCCUUGCGUACUACGGUUACAACUGGAAUAAUCAAAAUGCUGAAGCCAGCACUUUCAAACCGGUCGAAACUGUCGUCUCCGAGUUGGAACCAAAGUACACCAGCCGAUUCCGAGGAAACCCUCCAACUACUCCAUCAGAAUCAACAAUAGCGGAAACGACACCAGUUUUACCUCUAGAUCAGAAAAAUAACUCGAGCAUCCGAAAUUCAAUUGACCCUGUUUUGAGCGAAGAGUAUGAAGAACUCUCAAAGGAAAGCAACAUCAAUAACAAAUCGGGAAAGUCAAACUCUAAAACCCAACCGGAUGAGUAUGACGAUGAACCCCAAAAACAUUCACGGCGACGACGACCAGGUGCUCUCAAGGAAGAAUCGAGUGACGACUUCCUUUCACAGGAAUCCACAAAAAAUUCAAACAACAAGGUCCAAUCCGUCACCCCAAAUAUUCUUUCCAAACGGAUUGAUGACGCUGACAGGACGGAAGAAGAGAUUCUUGACAAGAGGGUGCAUGUCCAGAAGGAGAUAUUUGUUCAUUCUGGAGAAAAAAGUGAUGACGAUAUGACUCCAACAGCCAAACUACCAAUUCUUUUGGCACCUUCAAUUAUCAGUCGCAAAUCCGUCGUGAGCAAGACUGGUUCAAGUUACACGGACAAUAGACCAAAACCAACUGCUUCUGCAUCUGUAGCCGAAACGACCCACACAGCGAAACAACUCACGUCGGCAGUGACCAAACUCAUUGCCACGAUUCCUCCAACCAAACCAACUUCACAACAGGAAAAGUCUGAGGAUGAAGAUUUAAGAGAAACUCAAGCAGAGCUAAAGAGCUUGUUGAAAAAGUUGCAAAAAAAGCUCAACUCACGAGACGAAGUGUACGAGUUGGGCGAUGGGUUCUACGACUAUUACGAUGAGCUGCAACAAGUCCCUUCUACCAAGGCUUCCACCACUACGACUUCCACCAAGGGAACCAAGAAACCAGUAAAAAAGAAACCAAAAGCUAAAAAGAAGACCAACAGCAAAACCAAGUCAAAAUCAAAGGAUUCUAAAAAGAAGAAACAGUCAAAUAAAAAGUCCAAAGAUAAGUCUCAAACCAAAAAGAAGACUCCUGUUCCCCCCAAACUAACAACCACUAAGGAACCAGUGACCACCAGCAGCAGUACCACAACUACCACUACGACAACAACUAAAACUCCCAAACCUCUUGCCAUAAUGAACCAUCAUCGCCACCCAAUUAGCAGUAUGGAGACAUUUACAUCUCCACCCACUGUCGCUACUACAGCAUAUGCCCAACCCUAUCAAUCAUCCUCAGAAACUACGGUGCAGAAAAAGCCAGAGUUGUUUGCAACAACCUCUUUGGCCGAACCGCAGCCAACAUCUUCAGUAGCUUCACCGACCUUGAGCAGUCCAUCCCAAACGGAUGCUUCCAGCAUUGCAUUUGUAUACCCACAAGGAGAAAACAAAGACUUGGCUGCUUCGAAAAUCCACCAUCGUCGUCGUCCCCUCUGGGUGAGGAGGAAGCCUGGCGUUGGGGGUCUUGGAGGAGGAGGAAGUGGAAGCAUGGAAGGAUCACUUGAACCAGUCGCACAACCGACUUCACAAUCAGGGAAAGUUAUUCGGUUGGUGAGGAGAAAGCGACCAGGACCACUACGAAGAAGGCCUGUUUUCGUUCAGCAAAGCAUCGAAGUCGAUCAAAAUUCUGGCCAAGUUACAGCAUCACCCACGGAGGCUACCUCAUCUCCAACCCCCUCCACCACCACAACUAUGCCCGUUGACAUUCUUUUCGAAAAUACGAACGAUCUUUCAAAAAGAGUCGGAUACCCAGUUUUUAAAUUGAUUCACACAACAACAGACUCUGUAGAAAAGUCAGCUCAGACAGCAACGCCACGGGCACAGGGUAAGCGAAAGUUGAAAUUGGUUCGACUGAAGGGGCAAAGGGCUCAGUGGAGGUUGAAGAUGAACGAAGAACAAGAGGAGGAAUCUGCCCCACAGGCCGAGAAGCUAGUUUCACAUCCAAUCGACCAGAAACUUCCGACAGCGUCGCCCCCUUCUCUCUCCCCCCCUGAAACCAGUCAGAGUCAAUUAAUUCAGGCCGAACGACAGUCUCGACAGGAGUCUCCUUCAUCACUAGAAGCGAAGGUGUGUAUUAUGGGGAAGUGCGAAAUGAUUUCAAAAUAAUUUACAAUUUUGCCAGAUAUUCGUAGUUUACAUUUCGGUAUGCUUUUAAUUUUCGGAAUGUCUAUUUCACGAUACCAAUUUUCAAUGACUGAAAACUUUUUUUAUACAAAUGUAUUUCGUUGGGAAUACUUGGCAGUAAGUGAUGUGUUUAGGGUCAAUUAAUUAGUGCAGUUUAAUGCACUAAUACAGUUGCAAUGCAAAUCACAAAUUAAUUGGAGAAAAUAAAGAAUUAUUAAUUACGCAUAUAAUUAUAGUUGUAUAUGUUACCCGAAUGUUUUCUUAUCAUUAAAGAAAACACAAUUGAAGGAAUCUGAGCAAUUACAAGACAGAUUAUGAGUUAUUCAAAUAAAAAACCGCAGUUUAUAUAUUCAAGUGCAAAAUUUAAUUUAAUUUUAUACCAAAAUAAUGAUGGGGAUUUAUGUUAUACAUGUAAUAGUUAUAAAUAUCGAUUUGAAAUGUGUGAUUUAUUGUAAUUAAUGAAAUUGUACAGCAUUCUAUUUUAAAGCGUUAUGUUGUGCUUGUUAUAAUUUCGAAUAAGGUACAAGGUUUAAUAAAAUCAAAAUAAAAUAAA